AGUGUAUAUAGUAUUGAGUGAAUUGAUACGUGAUCUCGAUUGAGUCACGAUUGUAUAUUGACGUCUCUGGUCAUUGCCCACUCCUAAUUGUGGACCCUGGGCACCAGUUUGAUAGUCUAAAUACAGCAUCAUCCUAUUUCACUCGUUGGCCCAAGCUGUCAUUGUCAUUCUUGGUUUCAUUGGUGAUCGUAGCAGGACAACUGCAAGAAAGAACUGACAAUGGCCAGGGGCAGGAAGAAGGCUGAUCAAGCCCGUCAACAAGUUGAUGAAGACACUAUUGCUGGUAGAAGGAAGAAUCGAAACGUCCAGUCCAUUUAUCAAAGACAAACAGAAGAUCUUGGCAAGUCUCAAGCACAAACCACAGCCAACGAUGGUGGACAAGGACUCAACCUUCAGACCCCAAAUGCAAAAAGUGAAACAACAUCUCAACAUAGUCGAGCCCAAGAUGCAGUCGAACGCGAUGCUGUGCGUUCCAAGAUUGACUUAGCAUGCAAGAUGAUCAACACGCUGAUCGCAGACAACGGUUCUCGCCGAGCAUGUCGCGGAUUGGUUGACAAGCUCGACUCUAUGUUUGCAGAUACCGAACGUCUUAACCUGUUGGCUGUCAUGCCAAACGAUGCCGAAGAGUUUGGAAGACAAGCAGCCAUCCAAAUUGCACUGUUCACUCAAAUUGAGACAGCCAAGGAAGACGUGGAUGGAUUCAUCGAUUCUCGUGCAGACGAGGCUUCUUCUAUUGCCUCCUUUCAGCCUCUUUCCAUCCGAAGUGAAGUAUUGCGCAACUGGACUCAAACGCAACAACUCCGUCAGCAAACCUCUCAAGCGCUGAUCGAUGCGAAACAGAAAGCCGAAGAAGCUCAACGAACCGCAGAAAAGUUGCAAAAAGAGUCGGACGACGCAAAGCAGAAAGCGGACGAAGCAAACAAAGAGGUGGCAAACCUAACAGGAGCUAUUGGAAAAAGAAAAUCUGCAAGUACAGUAAUCAGUGGUGGAAAUCAUGAUUGGGGAGUCAAGAAAGCUGCUAUCAACGAUUGGCGUCGGAAGUCCCUUAUUGAACCAAGAUCCCAGGAAACCGAAGAGGAAGGCGAGCCCGAUUGUUGGAUUGACCGAUAUUGCUCCGGUUUAGAAGAUCCGACCUGGUUUUAUUCCCACAAGGCCCCAUCAUUGAAAAGUGAACUCCCGGUAUUUUCUGGUAAAGCUUUGGACUGGUUCUGGUGGAUUGAUCUGUAUCGUUCAAUGGUGCAUGAUCAACGGAUUUCAGCUGGCGAGAAGUUAGCAAUUCUGAAGAGUCGUUUAAGCGGUGAGCAACUGGAUAUUGUUCAAGGCCUAGGAGGAGGAGAACCUGCUUACAAAUCAGCGCUAUCCCGUCUCAAGCAAGCAGCUGGACGCCGCGAUGUCAUGCGAGUUGCUCAUCUCAGUGAGCUCGAUCGGAUGGAUCUCGGGCGUGAUCCAACAGCAUUUCGUCAGUUUGCGGAAAAGGCGAGGACUCAUUUCUUCGAUUUGACGCGAAUGGGAGAAACUUCAAGCUCCGACAUCAUCGAACGUUUAUGCCGAAAGCUUCAUCCAUCGGAUCGUCUCGAGUGGAAUUUCGGAAGAGGAACUGGAUUGGAGCGUAUAAGUCUCAACGAAUUUGGUGAGUGGCUAUGUGAAAGAGCCUCAGCUUAUCAAAACGCGUACAAUAUCGCGGCAGAGCAAGCAUCCGGAAAUGGGUUUGGCAAUUCGCGCCAUCGUCCGACCGCCGCACGUGCUCAUCACGCCAGCUUCGAACCAGAUCGGUCAGAAAAGCCCUACAAGAGUCGCUGCUAUUGCUGCAAUGAAGAGCAUCGAGUGUUAUCUUGCCCAACCUUCAAGGCGAUGCCGACCAAAGAGAAGAUCAGAUUCUGCAUUAGAAGGCGGUUAUGUCUCAAAUGUUUCGGAGCGAAGCAUUCAGCCAAAGAUUGUACGUUCGGAAAAAGAUGCGGGGUGAAAGAUUGCCCUUAUGAACAUCACAGCAUACUCCAUGAUGCAGAAAGUGUUCCGACGGUAAAAGGCGACAGUCAUCACACUUCCCUUUCAGCCCGAGCGGAUCAUAUGAAGGUGGCGCUGGGAGUAAUUUGGACCGAAGCCUACGCUACUGAUGGUACAGUGAUUCCGGUGUCGGUGAUGAUCCAUGAAGGCAGCGAUACUACGUUGUUCCGGGAAGAUUUCCUCCGUCGUCUGAAGAUAACAGGAAAGAAGCAGAAGCUGGAUCUUGUUGGUGUGACCGGUGCCGAACGUUACGAUUCUCAACGUGCUGACGUGCGAUUUCGACUACCGGACGGUGAAGAAACAAUUAUCGCCGGACUGACGAUACCGCAAGUCGCUCGCCCCACUCCAAUUGUUAAUUGGAAUGAAUUAAAACAACGGUGGCCCCAUCUUGUCGACGUGCCUGUUAUGAAGAGUGGAGGAAAGAUCGAUGUGUUGCUGGGUCUUGAUCAUUCACAUUUGAUUGCCGUGCUUGAAUCUCGAGUAGGUAGAGAUGAUGAACCGUUUGCCUCUCGAACCCGAUUGGGAUGGAUUGUUCGCGGCUUGCUGGGAGGAGACAUCGGUCCGAUGACUGCCCGCUCUUAUCAUCUUACUGCAACUUCAAGAGAAGAAGGUCCGUCUGUUCAAGAAUCAUUGGAUGCCGAAUUCAGAGCCUUUUGUGAAACCGAAAAUUUUGGAACGGAGUUUCGAGGUGAAGGUUUGUCGGAGUCAGAGCAGAAGGCCGAGAAAAUCGUGAAUGAAGGCUUACGAAAAUUGGACGUUGGGUACGAGGCUCCACUGACCUGGAUUGAAGGAGAGCCAGCGUUCGAAAAUAAUCGGAAGCUAGCUGUACACCGUUUGCAAGAUUUGAAAGAAAACUUCAAGAAGAACCCUAAGCUGGAAGAAGAUUAUCGGAAAGCUAUCAAGAAAUAUAUCGAUGAAGGAUAUGCGUCGCUAGUCGAAGACGACGAUCUCUACUCCGACGAUCAGUUUUAUCUUCCCCAUCACGGAGUCUACAAAAAGGUCUACGGGAAGAAAGAGAGAAAACUGCGAGUCGUAUUUGAUGGAGCUUCCCGCUGGAAACGGAAGAGUUUGAACGAUGGAAUGCGGUCCGGUCCAAAACUUCAAAAUGAUUUAGCUAAAGUUCUUAUUAGAUUCCAACAGGGUGAAAUUGCCUUUUCAGCAGACAUCACAGCCAUGUACAGCCGAAUUCGACUGAAGCCAAGUGAUGCCCGAUUUCACCGAUUCCUAUGGCAGGAACCUGGAUCAGAGAAGAUUUUAACGUAUCAGAUGGACAGACUGCCCUUCGGAUUAAAUUGUUCUCCGUUCAUAGCUCUCAAGACAGUGAAGCGAGCAGCUGCCGAUGCCAAAACGGGGAGGAAGGAGUGCAUGGAAGCGGUUGAAAAUAACAUGUAUAUGGAUGAUUUAUUGAAAGCCGCCGACAGAAUUACUCUUCAACCAAUUGGAGAUUCUACCGUGGAGGCAACAUGCAGUUUAGCUUCUGAUGAAGUCGAGAAGUUGCUGGGAAUCUUUUACGAGCCUAGUACCGACGAUCUGACCUUCCGAGUGACCGGUGCGGAUGAAGUGGAAUGGACGCGUGCUGGACUACUCAGCAAAGUGGCAGCCGUUUAUGAUCCGUUAGGCCGUGCAGCUCCUCUGAUUGUAAAAGCGAAGAUUAAACUUCGCGAAUUAGGCAUCAAAGGCUUGACUUGGAAGGACGUCGUGACCGGAGACGAUAAGUCAUGGUGGCAACGUUGGUUCAGCACGCUGAAACAUUUAAACAGCAUCCGGAUGCCAAGAAAUCUUCAACCAAACAAAAAGAAUAUCAAGAGCAGUCAACUUUUAACCUUUUGUGAUGCAUCCGAAGAGGCCGUUGCAGCUGCAGUGUAUUUGAAUACUUCCUACGAAGACGGUUCCUCUAAUUGCCGAUUGGUGAUGGUGAAAACGAAAUUGGCUCCGCGUAAAACAAUUUCCAUUCCUAAAUUGGAACUUAAUGCUGCUCUGCUUGGUGCAAGACUUUCCAGGUACGUGGAAGAGGCGUUAAACCUUCCGGAUCUCACCCGACUAUUCUGGACGGAUUUGAGUACCACCCGGAAUUGGCUACGCGCCGUUGCUGCUCACUACACUCCAUUUGUCAGCCAUAGAGUUGGGGAAAUACAAUCUCUCACCGACCCGAGCGAAUGGAGAUUUGUACCUGGAAAACUAAAUAUUGCUGAUGUCGCAACGCGGUCACUUCUCAUCGAUGAAGAACCGAUUCCGCCUGGCUGGUUAGAAGGUCCAGAUUUCCUGAAACAACCCAGCAAUUUGUGGCCAAAGGAUCUACCCUGGAUGGCUGUUUCCGAAGAGCGACGUGCGGCCCAUACUCAACAUGCGACAAAACUUCCGUCAAAUUAUGAUUGGUCAAAGGUGAAAAUUGACUCAUCCAACCUCUCUCUUUGUCUUAAGAUGGAAGGCCCGUUUAAGGAGUUGGUGCGUCGGUGUCAAGAAGAGGAAUUUAAUGAAGAUAUCCAGCAACUCCGCCGGAAUCGACCGCUUAACCGAACAUCGAGACUUCAACAAUUGAGCCCGUUCUUAGACAGCGACGGAAUUCUCCGACUUGGAGGCCGCAUCCGUCGAGCCCGUUUACCUUAUGAUGUCUUGCAUCCUCCGAUCUUGCCAGGAAAACAUGUUUUUGCAGAGGCGAUCGUCACAGCGCUCCAUACCGAGGCGCAUCACGUCGGCACGGAUUUUCUACAUUCAAAGGCUAGGCAACACUUCUGGAUUCUACAAGGAAAGGAGCUGGCCAAGAAAAUUCGCUUUAAGUGUCCAACUUGUAUUAAGACAAGAGCCAAAUUGGCAACUCAGAAGAUGGGAGAUCUUCCAGCCGCCCGUUUGGAUUCAUACUCCGCACCAUUUACCCAUGUCACGCUGGAUUAUUUUGGUCCUAUGGAAACUUCGGCGUACAGGGGGAGAAUUAUCAAGCGGUAUGGCUUACUUAUAUCCUGUUGUGUAACGCGCUAUGUUUAUCUAGACCUGGCUCAAUCAUUGUCGACACCGGAUUUUCUUUAUUGUUUUCGUCGAUUCGUCGGGGAGUAUGCUAAACCAUCCGAAGUCUUCAGCGAUAAUGGCACAAACUUUGUCGGCGCAGAAAAAGAAAUGGUUGCAGCCGUUCUUGAGCUACAAAUGGACGAAAAAUUUCAAGAAUUCGUUAAAGAAAAGUCGAUUGUUUGGAAAUUUCAGCCGCCAAGUGCUCCACAUUUUGGCGGAUCUCAUGAAUCGUUGGUGAAAUCCGUAAAAAGAGCACUCUACAGAGCAUUGGACACAGAAAAGGCCGGCUUAAGAUAUCCAACGGAUGAAAUGUUGAGAACUCUAUUGAAGGAGGUGUCGGGCCAGCUGAAUAGUCGUCCCUUGACGCUCGCGAGUAACGACCCGGAAGAUUUUCGGCCCAUCACACCAAGAGAUUUCUUAAAUUUGCCGCCAACUUCAGAUUUGCCAGCCGGAAUCGUCAAAAAUGCUCUUCCUCGGGACCAUGUUCGAUAUGUAAAAAAGAUGUCUAAUCUUAUUUGGGACCUGUGGACUAAAUUUUAUCUGCCAACAUUGAUUCCUCGACGAAAAUGGACGGCGGAAGAGAGAAAUUUUGUCAUCGGAGACGCCGUAAUGGUGUCAGAAAGCAAUCUGCAGCCCAGCCAAUGGAAGACGGGACGCGUGAUCGAAGUAUUUCCUGGAUCUGAUGGCCUCGUCAGAGUAGUUAAAGUGAGGACGGACAGCGGCGAUUAUCUACGAGCCAUCCAUCGACUAGUUUUGCUGGAACCAAGCUCGGCCAGCGUUCCGCUAACCUCGGGGGAGAAUGUUCCAGCGAAAAUCGACGCGUAA